AGAUAUAGGGGACCAUCCAAGACCAACGAACCUGGAUGCUUUCCAGGCCACCUUCAUUCCCAUCCCAUUCCAUCCAAUCCAGAUUUUACUUUCAACAUUCUUCUUCUUCUUCUUCAGUUUUCUCUUCUCUUCUCUUCUCUUCUCUCAGUCAGUCCUCCUCCUGUUCUAUGAAACAAACACAAAUACUCAUUCCAAUUUAGACACAGAAAAUAGAGGUGUUUGGAGAGAGAGAAAGAGAGAGGAAAAAAAAAAAAAAAAAGAAGAGAGAAAAUGGAUGGGGAGAGUUUGAAGAAAAAGGGAGAAAACAAACAAGAGGCUUAUCACAUCAUUCACAAGCUUCCUCCUGGUGACACCCCAUACGUUCGUGCCAAACAUUUCCAGUUAGUUGAGAAGGAUCCAGAAGCUGCCAUAGUUUUGUUUUGGAAGGCUAUAAAUACUGGAGAUAGGGUAGACAGUGCCCUUAAAGACAUGGCAGUCGUCAUGAAACAACAAGACAGGGCAGAAGAAGCAAUCGAAGCUAUCAAGUCCUUUAGGGACCGCUGCUCCAAGCAAGCACAGGAAUCACUAGACAAUGUCCUUCUUGACUUAUACAAGAAAUGUGGGAAAUUAGAAGAGCAAAUUGAAUUGUUGAAGCAAAAGCUUCGGAUGAUUUACCAAGGAGAAGCAUUCAAUGGAAAGCCCACAAAGACAGCUCGUUCCCACGGAAGGAAGUUUCAAGUCACCAUCCAGCAAGAAACGUCUAGAAUACUGGGCAAUUUAGGUUGGGCCUACAUGCAACAAACAAACUAUGCAGCCGCUGAGGUUGUGUAUCGCAAAGCUCAACAAAUCGAUCCCGAUGCCAACAAAGCCUGCAACUUGUGUAUGUGCCUCAUUAAACAAUCACAAUUUACUGAGGCACAGUCUGUUCUUGAAGACAUAUUGCAAGGUAAGCUUUCAGGAUCGGAUGACUCAAAAUCAAGAAACCGUGCUGAGGAAUUGAUGAAGGAACUAGAACCGUUGCAAUCUGCAGUGUCGUCUUCCACUCCUGCAGGGCUGAGCUUGGAAGAUGCUUUUGUCGAGGGACUUGAUCAAUUGAUGAACCAAUGGACCACCCCAUUUCGAUCAAGAAGACUUCCUAUUUUUGAAGAAAUCUCCCCAUACAGAGAUCAAUUGGCUUGUUGAUCUCUUUUACUCUCAUCUUCCUUCAUUUCCCACUUUUUGAGGUUGUGUUUGAAGUUAAAUGUGCUUGCAUGUUUUGUAUAAAAGUGAGCAUGAUAGAAAUUGAGAAAACAAUACAAAUCUAGAAAAUUUUCAGAGAAGUGUUAAUUCACUUGUCGUGCUGAAGAAUCCUAUGAUUCAAAUGCAGACAAGCAAGAGGAAAAGAACAGAAAGGAAAACGGAAUCUUUUCAGACAGGAUGUAUAAGACAGUAAGCAUCUUCUUGCUAAAAUUUCACAACAUAUCGGGACAAAGAAUGUUGAUUCAUAAAAGUGUUUGCGACGACAAUAAUGGUAAGACUUAUGGACUA